AAAAAUUAAAGCCAACAUAUAUAAAUAUACAUAUAUAUACACCAUUUUUGUUCACAAUAACAAGUUACAACAAAAGCAAAGAGAUUAGUAGCCGUUUGGAGAGACGGCAAAGAAAAAAACCACAGUCCAAUUUAAGCCGGCUAGCUAGGAAGUAGUACCACUACUAAUAUUAUUAUUAGUACUACUCAACUAAAGAAGUUAAAAUUAAUGGCUAAGAUCUGCCGGAAAACCCAGAAGAAUAGUCCAUCAACGGCUGAGAUUAAUAAAACCACAAACAAAGGUAAUAAAUCAUCAUCAUCAUCUAAGGUGAAGAAAAGAACUCGAAAAAGUAUACCUCGAGACUCUCCUCCUCGUCGUAGCUCCAUUUACAGAGGUGUCACAAGACAUCGUUGGACAGGUAGAUAUGAAGCUCAUUUGUGGGAUAAAAAUUGCUGGAAUGAUUCUCAAAAUAAGAAAGGAAGACAAGGAGCUUAUGAUGAUGAGGAAGCUGCAGCACAUGCAUAUGAUUUGGCAGCAUUGAAGUACUGGGGACAAGACACAGUUCUUAAUUUUCCAUUAUCAACAUAUGAAGAAGAGAUGAAGGAAAUGGAGGGUCAAUCUAAAGAAGAAUAUAUUGGAUCUCUUAGAAGAAAAAGUAGUGGGUUUUCACGAGGAGUUUCCAAGUACAGGGGAGUGGCAAGACACCACCAUAAUGGAAGAUGGGAAGCACGAAUUGGAAGAGUAUUUGGAAAUAAGUAUCUUUACUUAGGAACCUAUGCUACACAAGAAGAAGCAGCCACAGCUUAUGACAUGGCAGCAAUUGAGUACCGUGGACUUAACGCCGUUACAAAUUUUGAUUUAAGCCGUUACAUAAAGUGGUUACGUCCAACAACUCAAGAUAACGUCCCUAGCAAUAUUUUCCAACCAAACCCUAAUGAAGACCUAAUAAUUAAUCCAAACCCUAACCCUAAUGAAGGACUAGGGUUACCAAGCUCAAGUAGUGUUGAUGAUUUGGUUGCGGUGGGGGCGCCGACAUGUAAUAGUGGUUGCGCGGGGGCGCCUUCGUCGGCCUUAGGGCUUUUACUUCAAUCCACUAAGUUCAAAGAAAUGCUUGAGAGAACUAAUUUGGGAGUGGAUUGCCCAUCAUCAACUUCGUCCGAGACUGAGCCACCACGCGGCCGGAGCUUCCCGGAGGACAUACAAACAUACUUUGAUUGCCAAGAUUCUUGUAGCUAUACAGAGGGAGAUGACAUUCUUUUUGGUGACUUGGGAAACACGUUUCCUAUCAAUGCACCAAUGUUUCAUUGUGAAGAACUUGAUGCAUAGAGAGAAAGACAAACACAACACAACUAUUAUUAUUAUUGGAACGCAUGAUCUAAUUAUAAGACUUUGCGAACCAUUUUUAUUUACAUUUUGUGAAUAGAGAGGAAAGCAAUUAGUGAUUUGAUUAUUAAAUGAUCAUUGUUAUUAAUUUACAUUGCAAUAUCAAGACAAGGUAAAUAAAAUUCAAGUAUAUCAAUUUUUAUUAG